ACAAUUUAUUUUCACUGGAAAAAAACAAGUUUUAUUUCUGCCCUUUACAAAUUAUUUAUCGGAUUUUAAACCACCUAAAAACAUGUCUUUAGUUGCCUAUGCGGCCAGCAGUGAUGAGGACUCGGAAUACAGCGAAGACGAUACUCUCACUUCCAAUGCAAAAGCCAGAGAAGGAACUGCCCCCGGAUCCAAUGGAACCAAUGAAAAAAUAGCCAAUGGCACGAUUAGUGACGAUGAGGAUGACUAUGCACCAACAGAAUUUACUGCGUUGCCUAAUCCAGCUAAAAUAUCGCAUGGCCUGUCGUUGCCUAAACCUAAAAACAUAAAUAAUUCAAAAAUCGAAGAUGAAGAACUAGAAGAAUUGGCUCCUAAAUUUUCCAAGCUUCCUCUACCCAAAAACAAAGUAGACAGCAGCGUAAUUAUAGAAGAAGACGAUGAGUUUUUACAUAAAAAAGCGUCACAACCUGUUGAAGAAGUGAAACCUAAGCCUGUACUAAUAGCGCCUAAUAAAGGUCCUGUUAGAAUUACUAUACCAUCAUUAAAAGAAUUUAAUGAUGUUGAUCAAGAUAUGACAGGCAAAAGUAAAAUCAAGUCUUUACCAAAAGGGCAAAAGAAAUGUAGUCUGCUGAAUAUGUUACCGCAGGCAAAAUCAGAACAAAAUUUCAGCAAAGCUACAACUGCGAACAAACCAGAUAGUGGCACAAAUAAUAAAGCGAAUGAAAUGCCAAAACCCACAGCAGUUAAUCCUUUUAUUCCGGAUACUGUAAAAAAUCGACGCCCCGCACAUAAUACCGAGUGUGUGGAUGGUAUGAAGAGAAUUACGAAAAAAUCGGCAGCCAAGCCAAAAAUAACAUUAGUUGAAUGUAGCGACAGCGACGAGAAUAGUGAUGAAGGUGGCGACUUCUUUUCACUUAAAUCUGAAGAUAAACUGCCUGAGGUUAGCAUGAAUGAAAUCAACGCAAUAGUAGCGCAACGUGCAGCUAAAAUGGUCAAUGCAGCCACAGAGUUCUUGAAUAAAGCUGCUGAGCAAGAAAAAGCCCAAGUAGAAACUAUGGAAAUAGAUUACGAGCAACUUUCGGCUGAACAUAAUCAUAAUAAAGCCAUAUUGGACCAAACUGCCAUACAAGCAUUAGCUGGAAGUACUGCAAAGCGAAGAAGAAAAGAAGAGAACAUACAGGUCGUGGAUAUUUCAAGUGCUGAAGUACUACCAAGUAGAGAGGAAUGGAUGCGAACAGCUUUAGCAUCUUCUACUGCCUAUCAACCCACUGGGAUGCUAGUUGAUGAAGAGCCAGCGGCAGGCACUAGACGAAAACAUCAAAUAACUUAUCUGGCACAUAAAGCGAAGGCCAACGAAGCUGAAUUACAGGCAAUGUGGUCUGCCAACCGUCAAACUCGACGAGCUACGCAAAGCAAAUAUGGUUUCUAGAAAUUAAUUGUAUUAAUUUUAUUGUAUAGCAUGUUUUAUCUAAAAAAAAAUAAAGUAAUGAAAUACACACAUACAUACGUAUAAGAAAUGAAUUUACAUAGUGCACAUGUAUCACCAAGACUCAAUCUUGUUCAAUCGCCCAAAUACGUACACAAUGAACGCUGAAAGCAAUAUCCAAAUGGGUACCAUUGUUACAAAAAUUGAUAUCUCCCAUUGUGGAUACUCCAACCGCAAACAGAUCAUCAGCUGGGAAGCAAUCUUAAGCAGCACACCGCAUAUGUACCACUGGUAGUAGAUUAACAACUCUUUGAGACGUUUCAAAUUUCGCCAUUUCCGUAUAAUUUUAAUAACAACGUAAAUAAUUAAUAUGCCGUCAAACACCCAUAGCGGUAUGAAAGUAACAAACCAGCUCCAGUGCGUUCGUGGAUCCAAACGUAAGCACAGUAAGAUUAGGAAGACAAGCACAAUGAACCAGGUGAAAAGUGCGCGAUGUGCUAGUGUCAUGGCGCAGAAGUGCUACUCCUAAAUUGCUAUCAUUUUUCUUUAAUAUUUUGAUGAAAAUAUUUUGUUUAUUGGUUUAAAUUGCGGCCCAGACAACAAAACUGAAGAACUAUUUUGAGAUUCAAUUCAGUACAGUGGAACUUGCUUACAACGAACUGUAUAUUU